GCCUCUAGCUCACGUGCCCGGCCCCUCCUGCCUCUCUCUGCCCAUCCUUGGCUCCUUCGGCCCCUUGCUCCGCUGCUAACAGCCCUGGCUGCCCUCCCAUUGCUCUCCUCCUUCAAUGGCUUCUUGCUCGCCCCUUGUGCUACCCCCCUUCCUGUUGCUUCUCCCCUCACUCGCUCCUUCUCUCCUUCAUUUUCUCCCGUCCUCUCUCUCCCUCCUUCCAUCUCUCCCUCGCCCUCUGUCUUGCCCUGUCCUUCCCUAACUUGUUCCUCUCUGCCGCUUGCUUUCCCUCUGGGCUCCUGUCCUCUCCCUUGCUCUGUCCUCGGCUCCAUCCCAGGCCCCGGCUGUUGCUGUUCCUCUGGGAUUGGCACCGCCUGUUUCCCUGCGGUGCUAGGCGCUGUACCCGGGCGCCAGAAUGCCGGCUGGGAAGCCGAGGGGUUUAGGACCCGGCCGGGGCGGCAGGCGGGCAGCCCAUGUGCUCCCUCCCAAGCCGUCCCUCUAUUGUCUGGGAGCUGCAGCCCCGAGCUGCCGGCUGCUGCAGACGGAGGCGCGGUCGGGGCGCGGCGUGGCGCUCGGGGGCCGGGCAUGGUGCGGGCCGGGGGAUCUGAGCCCCGCGCCAGCCCCAUGGCCCCGGGGCGGGCUGGGAUGGGCCCCCCGCUGCUCGCUGCCCCCCGGGCCUCCGGCCGCGGCUGCCUGGUCCUGCUGGCCGCGCUGCUGGCGCUGGAGACGGCGAGAGUGAACGGCGAAUCGGACCCCUCCGACCUGGUGUACCUGCCAGCCGAACUCAAGGUGUUGGACGUCCCGGACCAUUUCCGGCUGCAGCGGGUGGAUCAGUACCUGCCGGGAAACACUUCCCUGGGCUCCCACUCUGAGACCUACCUCCUCCUCGGUCGCCCGCCCACGGCAAAGCCUGUCGUCCAAGCCACCUACCUGCCCUUCACUGCCAAGCAGGCAGUGCCGGCAGCCGAUCCGCACCUCAGGGACGGCGCCUCGGCCUGGGAGGUGCGCGCCGUGUCCCUCGAGGGCGCCGUGUCGCCCGCCGAGCCCUCUGCCAGGGUCCUCUUCCACCUCAAGGGGCAGGAUUGGCUGCCGCGACGGCACGACCUGCCCUGCGUCUCUCUGCACGCGUUUCACCGCACGCAGGCUGCCCACGGAGCCUGCCGCCUCCAGGCGCCCCUGGGGGUGUGCGUGGUGGAGCUGGCGUUCCCCCCACGCUGGUUCUCCGCCACCCCCCCCUCCUCUCACAGCCGGCGCAGAGCUGCGGAGCCGGCCGGGCCCCCCGAGCGAGCCGAGUUGUACUACAGCCUGGGGCCAGGAGACAUGUCCGUGGAGUGCGGCCACGCAGGGCCACGGGAGAGGCCCCGGCCGGGCAGCGAGGGCACCAAAGAGAGGCUGCACUAUGUGGCCGCGGUGGAGCUGCGAGCCACGGACCCGCCGCGGCGCCAGGAGGUGCGGCUGGACGACAACGUGCACAUCCGGGUCCCCGACAUGGCGCUGCGGCCGGGGCAACUCUUCACGGCCACCUUGAUCCUCCAGCAGAACUUCACCGCCAACCUGCUGACCCUCAGGAUCAAGGUGAAGAAGGGGCUGCAGGUCCUAGCUGCCCGCCCUGCCGUCCCCGAGGCCUGGACGGCCAAGCUGGACAAGUUCAAGGGCUCCAAGCACCACACUGCUCUGGUCACCUGUCGCCGGCUGGACGCUGGCCAGUUGGACUGGAGGGCAGCAGAUUUCCCUGAGUUCCUCUACCUGGACUUGGCAGUGGAGAACGGCACAAGCGGCCUGGCCUCCACGCGCCCCGUCACCUGGCAGGUGGAGUACCCCGGCCAGGACCCCGAGGCAGAGAAGGACAAGAUGGUGUGGGAGAUCCAGGUGGCGGAGCGUGACGUCCGGGCGCUGGUGCCGCUGGUGAAGGAGCAGGAGAUUGUGAACACCGCCCCCCUGACAGGGAUCCCCCAGGCGGUGCCGGUGAAGCUGGUUGCUGUGGAGACAGGGGGAGCUGUGUUUGAGGUCACUGAGCAGAUGGGGUGUGAGUCCGCCAACAAGCAGGUCCUGAAGGUGGCAGACAGGUGCGACUCCGUCUACGUGGGGGGCAAGGAGAACCGGGGCGCCCGCGGGGCCCGGGUCGAUUUCUGGUUCCGCCGGCUCCACGCCUCGCUGCUCUUCACCGUCUGGGUGCCGCUGCUGCCCCUGCGCGUGGAGCUCACCGACACCACCCUGGAGCAGGUGCGCAGCUGGAGGGUGCCUGGCACCGCUCCGGACAGGUCAGUCCCGCGGGCUCCCUCCCUAGCGCAGGGAUCAGAGCUGCCGGUGGGCAGGCGGGAAGGGGAGGGCAGGGCUGUUCUUGCCUGUCUCCCCCCUUCCCCUCUCCCCCGUCCCCCUGUGCAGGUUCGCUCCCCCAUCUCAGACUCCAUUCUGGGCGAGCAGACCCUGGUGGUGUCCGACGAGAAGGUGGCUGUGUUGGAGCUGCAGGCCCAGCUGGUAUCGGGCCUCUCGCUGGCCCUGAGCAUGGAGCCAGGACACCCCGACAUCCUCACGGCCACCUGCCGGGCACUCACAGCCCUGCACUCCCCAAAGCAGGAAGCAGCAAUCAGUGUCUGGCUGGUGUUCACCGACCACACCGUGGCCCCAGUGGAGCUCUAUGGCUGGCAGGACGUUGCGCUCUCCAUCUCCUCAGUGGACCCUGGCGUGGCCUGGGUGCAGCCGGAUGAGGAGCUGGCUCCCCCACUGAUUGUGGCCAACGGGGCGGGCCGGGGGCCCCCCCUGACCGUGGUGGGGCCUCAGAGGCGAGCCCCAGCCGGGGUGGGUCCCGACCUGACCAAGUUUGAGGGACCCCCGGGUGGUGACUCCUCUGAGGAUGACAGGCCUGGGGGGGAGGAGGAGGAGGAGGAGAUGGUGAAGGCCCCGGAGCGGGUGACGGACUUGGAGAUCGGGAUGUACGUUCUCCUGGGCGUCUUCUGCCUGGCCAUCUUCAUCUUCCUCGUCAACUGCGUGGUCUUUGUGCUGCGCUACCAGCGCAAGGAGCCCCCCGACGCCGGGCCUGGCCCGGCCUCUCCCCCUUCCGCCCCCACCGUCCAAUCCAUCCUAGUAGCCAGCGAGGACGACAUCCGCUGGGUGUGCGAGGACAUGGGGCUGCGGGACCCCGACGAGCUGAGGAGCUACAUGGAGCGGAUCCGGGGCAGCUCCUGACCUCGGGCCCCUGUGCCCGACUGGCACCGCACAGGGCACAGCAGUCAGGGACCAGUCUCCCCUUUCAUUGGCUGCCUUCCCAGGGGUCUGCCCUGGGAUCCACUGCCCAAACCUGCUCCCUCCCAGUCAGUGUUAGGAGAACCCUGCCCCGGGGGCAGGACUCUCCCCACUAGGAAUGAGCCCUAGGGCUGCAGCCCUGCACCCUGCCAUAGAACUGACUCCGACGCGCUCUCUGUCCUGGAGGUCCGCCCUGGGCCCCAGCGGAGGCCUGUCUCUUACUAUCUCCCUGGAAGGAGUCUGCGAUUGAACCCAGCGUCCUGGCAUUGCCCAGCUUCCGGGGGGUGCUUUCCCUGCUGGCUUCCAAGCCGCCGAGGGGCGCGCCGGGGCCGGCUUCCUGUUUUGCUUUGGUUCUCGUUGCGACGUUGUGUUGAUUGUGGUGGUUUUUCAUGGCGAGUGUCCUUCCUGUGGUCUGACCCUCUGCUUAGUCUCCCCACCCCUGCCCACCACGUGGGGUGGGCGUCCCCUGCCCCUCAGGCGCCAGCCCGUCUCCUUCACCCCAGCCCCGCCUUCAUUUUGUACGACUGACAUUUUAUACCUGUAGCGUCGGGAGGCGGCCACGGCGGGUCCUCUUAUGU